UCUCAUUUCCUGUCAAACCGACACAUUUCUCAAUGUCUUGACAAGUCAGCGAUUAUUACGAAAUAAAGAAAGCUGCUUUAAAGAAGGAUUUUUGAGAACUUUUUCUGAAACAGAAGAUCCUUGUGAUUCAUGUGGUUAUUUUUGAAACCAUUUUUCAGAAAAUAAUAAAAAUACAACGUUUGGUCUGCAGGAGCUCAAACAGUGAAAAUGGCAUCACUAUCUGCAGAAGAACUUUCUUGUCCUGUGUGUUAUGAAAUCUUCAAGACUCCUGUCGUUUUGUUGUGUAGUCACAGUUUCUGUAAAGAGUGUCUUCAACAGUUCUGGAGAAUCAAGAAAACUCAGGAGUGCCCUGUCUGCAGGAGAAGAUCCUCAAAUGAACAUCCUCCAGUUAAUCUUGUGUUAAAAAACUUGUGUGAGUCGUUCCUGAAGGAAAAAAAUGAGAGGCGUUCAUCAGGGUCUGAGGAGAUCUGCAGUUUACACAGUGAGAAACUCAAACUCUUCUGUCUGGAGGACAAACAGCCUGUGUGUGUAGUGUGCAGAGAUUCACAGAAACACAUCAGUCACACAUUCAGACCCAUCAAUGAAGUGGCUUCAUCAUAUAAGGAGGAGCUCAAUACAGCACUGAAGUCCAUACGUGGAAAACUUAAACACAAAGAAAACAUUAAGGGAGAGUUUGAGAAAACUGUUCAACACAUCAGGUCUCAAGCUGAGCACACAGAGCUUCAGAUUAAACAGCAGUUUGAGAAGCUUCACCAGUUUCUCAGAGAUGAAGAAGAAGCUACAAUCACUGCACUGAGGGAGGAAGAGGAGCAGAAGAAGCGGAUGAUGAAGGAGAAGCUGGAGGAGAUGAAAAGACACAUCUCAGCUCUUUCACACACAAUCAGAGACAUGGAGGAGAUGAUGAAAGCCAAUGACGUCUGCUUUCUGAAGGAGUUUACAGUCUCAAUGGAAAGAGUCCAGAGCUCACAACCGGAUCCACAGAUGGCUUCUGGAGCUUUGAUUCAUGUGCCACGUUAUUUGGGCAACCUGCCGUUCAGAGUCUGGAAGAAAAUGCAGGACAUCGUCCAAAACACUCCUGUGAUUCUGGAUCCAAACACGGCUCAUCCAGAUCUCGUCAUGUCUGAUGAUCUGACCAGUGUGAGACACAGCGGGAACAAACAACCUUUUCCUGAUAAUCCAGAGAGAUUUGACUGGUAUCACUGUAUUCUGGGUUCAGAGGGUUUUACCUCAGGAACACACUGCUGGGAUGUGGAGGUUAAUGGCAGUUCACCCUGGGGUCUUGGAGUAACUACAGCAUCAAACCAGAGGAAGGGAUAUGAUUUCUUUGACACUGAUAUCUGGAGUGUGGAGUACGAGCUGCCUUUAGGUUCUGGUUUUCCUGUUGAACAGGAUCUUGAUUGUGUGAGAGUGAAUCUGGACUAUGACAGAGGAACGGUGUCAUUUUCUGAUCCUGUAACUAACACACAUCUACACACAUUCACAACCAACUUCACUGACAAACUCUUUCCAUUCUUCUGGUGUUAUGACAGAUUUACCUCUUUCAGGAUUUUACCAGAUAAACUGAUGUAACUUGUACUAUCUUACAUAUUUAGUCUGUGGUAGUGUUGUCACGGUACCAAAAUUCCAGUAGUGGGUACCAAUACCAUUAAAAAUUUACGGUUCUCAGUACCAAUUUCGGUACCACAGGAAAAUCCAACUAGUGCUCGCUGCAGAGCAUAAUGACCUCCAGCUCCACCUCUCUGGAGCUCAAGGGUGGAGUUUAACCUGUUUAAUGGGUGGAGAGAUAGGGUUAUGGGUAGGGUUAGGGUGUGGUUGGGGGAUGCAGCUCCACCCAUCAUGCCCACAGUAGGUCAAGAGAGGGGGAGCUGGAGGUUAUGGCUCUGCAGUGUGUUUUUCUUCUCGGAAAAUCUGUUGGAACUUUUUUUUUUUUUUAACUAGCCUAUUUUAAAAACAUAUUAAAUAUUAUAAUAUUACAUUAUAAAAUAUAUACAUAUAAAUAUUUGGAGUGUGUGCAUAGAUACCUCAAUGAAAUAAAUUAUGAAAUAUAAAAAAUAAAUAAAUAAAUAAACAAAUGCUCAAACAUCCAUUUUGUAAUAGACGUGCGUUUAUUUGAGAUAUUCCGUCAGUGAAACGACACACUACAGCCUGUAAAAACUAUGAAAUAAAUAUCAGUAAAUAAUGGUAACCUAAAUAAUAAGAAAGUUAAGUAUUAUUCUAAAAAACAUUCGUUUUAUUUCCACACAAAGAUGCGUCAUAUAGACUACCGCUCUGUUCUUUGAGAGGGAUGUGGGGCACGAGCAGGAAAGGAUCAUUUCUCUUUAAUAAUAUCUUCAUGUUAUCUCCUGAUGUUACAAGCAACUGACACUUGUUGUAAAAGGUCUGAAGAGCUAGUUUUAUCUUCAGCAGGGGCAAGACAUUCAGGCUAUGUUUGAUUUUGCGCUGCCAGACAAAGCUAAACUAAAAAUCACCAGCGUGUGUGAAGCGCUAUACAAAUAAACUUGACACGCCUUAUAAAGUCUAAUAACAAGCACAAACUGUGUUAAAUAGAAAUUGACGUGCAAGCAAAAAGAUUUCUGUCCUACGGUGUUUUUUCUACUUUACCUCAGUAAAUAAUGCGAAUAUAAUAGGCCUUAAAGCGAACGAAAGAAAUGUUUAUAAUCCCCUGCGUGAGUGGAGAUUUGGGUAAAGAAACAGAGAUUCCAUGUUCAGUGGAAUAACUAAUGGAAUAUUGUUAAAUUCUCUCAUCGGUUGACCAGAUCGCGAUUCGCAAAGCUUGAAUGUAUGGACUCGUACCUCUCUCAUUCGGCAUGAACUAAAAUGUUUCCAUGGCUGCGAUGUCACAUUUAAUUGCUAACC